ACAAAGCCGUGAGUGCCGCGGGGACCGCACCGGCACCGCCCCGAUGUGAGCGGGGCAUGGCCGCGGGGCAUGGCCCGGGGCGGGCGGCGGCGGGCGCGCAGCGCCGCCGGUGAACAUGGAGCCGCGUCCGCCGGGCACCGAGCCCCCGCUGCCCCGGGGGCCGGGACCGGGGCCCGAGCUGGAGCCGGAGCUGGAGCUGGACUUGGAGCCGGAGCUGGACGUGGACCCGGAGCCGGAGCUGGAGCUGGAACGGGAGCUGGACCUUUGGGCACUUGAGCCCGCCGGUCCCGACCCGGGGCCGCCGCCCUGGUCCCCGGGGGUGACCGGGGGCAGCCCGGCCCCGGGGGGCCCCGCCGAGCCCCCGCCGGAGGAGGAGCCGCGCCUCCGGCCCGUCUUCGACGCCCUGGACCGCGACGGCGACGGCUUCGUGCGGGUGGAGGAGUUCGUGCAGUUCGCCACGGCCUACGGGGCCGAGCAGGUGAAGGACCUAACGAAGUACCUGGAUCCGAGUGGACUGGGAGUCAUCAGCUUCGAGGAUUUCCAUCGGGGGAUCAGAGCCAUCAAAAAUGGAGAUCCUGACAGCCAGCUGUAUGAUAUGGGAUAUACCCCCGAGGAGGAAACCCCGGCCUGUCCUGAUGAGUUUGAUGACUUUGUCACGUUUGAGGCAAAUGAGGUGACUGACAGUGCUUACAUGGGCUCGGAGAGCACGUACAGCGAGUGCGAAACCUUCACGGAUGAGGACACCAGCACACUGGUCCACCACGAGAUGCACGACGAGGUGGAGACAGACAGUGCCAUCGACUCCACCGUGCACUCGGAAUUCACAGACCCCAUCGAGGAGCCGGAGCACGGAUCCCACCCACAUGACCUGCCCCUGGGCUCGGACCUCAGCCACUCCAUCGUCACAGUCAUUAGUGGAGAGGAGCACUUUGAGGAUUAUGGAGAAGGGAAUGAAGCAGAUUUGUUCUCGGACAGCUUGUGUAAUGGGGAAAGCAGCUUUAGCAGCUCCUCGUUCCUCUCUCCCAGCGCCAAUCCGCUCGCUGCGAAACUGCACAGCAUUCUCGCAGAUGAAGCUUUUGAGUUUUACUGUAGCCAGUGCCACAAACAAAUCAACCGCCUCGAGGAUCUUUCCGCUCGCCUGAAUGAUCUUGAAAUGAAUAGCCCAAAUAAAAGACUCUCCAGCAAGAAGGUGGCAAGGCAGCUGCACCAGACGAGCUCGCUGGCCGUGGGGGUGAUGGAGGAGUCCUACCAGGACAACCUGGAGUGUACGGACGAGGACAUCACGGACAAGGUGGUGUUCCUGGAGAAGCGGGUGACAGAGCUGGAGAAGGACACGGCUGCCAACGGGGAGCAGCACAGCCGCCUGCGCCAGGAGAACCUGCAGCUGGUGCACAGAGCAAAUGCUCUUGAGGAACAGCUGAAGGAGCAGGAGCUGAGGGCUGACCAGACCCUCCUGGAGGAGAUCAAGAAGCAGAGGGAGCUGCUCAGCAAAAUGGAGAGGGAGAAGAGCAUCGAGAUCGAGAACCUGCAGGCCAGGCUGCAGCAGCUGGAUGAUGAGAACAGUGAGCUGAGGUCCUGCGUGCCCUGUCUGAGAGCCAACAUCGAGAGGCUGGAGGAGGAGAAGCAGAAGCUGCUGGAUGAGAUUGAAGACCUCACUGUGCAGCUCACUGAGGAGCAGGAGAAAAAGAGGAAGAUGGGGGACAAGCUGAGUCAGGAGAGGCACCAGUUCCAGAAGGAGAAGGAGUCGACGCAGGAGCUCAUUGAGGACCUCAGGAAGCAGCUGGAGCACCUGCAGCUGUUCAAGCUGGAGGCGGAGCAGCGGCGGGGCCGGAGCAGCAGCAUGGGGCUGCAGGAGUACAACAGCAGGACACGGGAGACAGAGCUGGAGCAAGAGAUCAAGCAGCUCAAGCAGGAUAACAGGAACCUGAAGGAGCAGAAUGAUGAACUGAACGGGCAGAUCAUUAACUUGAGCAUCCAGGGAGCCAAGAACCUCUUCUCAGCCUCCUUCUCGGAAUCCCUGGCAGCAGAGAUCAGCUCUGUCUCCAGAGAUGAGCUCAUGGAAGCAAUCCAAAAGCAAGAGGAGAUCAACUUCCGCCUGCAGGAUUACAUCGACAGGAUCAUCGUGGCCAUCAUGGAGACAAACCCCUCCAUCCUGGAAGUCAAGUAAGGGCGGCCGCCAGCCGCCACUGCGCGCUCAUCAUGUGGGUUUGGUGCUCUGAGAGGAUGAAGAGGGACUCCAAAUGUCUUUGCUCUUGAUGAAGGCACAAGGAAGCAACAGGUCGGGGGGUGAAUGAGCCACGGACCAGGGAAAAGGAAAACCAGCAGCCAGGCUUUGUUGUCUGACUCCGUUAUUUUGAAGCCCUUCUGGUUUUUGGAGGGCUGAAAGGGAACCUGGAGAAGGAACGCAGGCAACGCACACCUGGAGGAAGAACCUGUGAUGCUGGGAACUGUCCUGCCAGGCGUUGGACCCUCUGGCACGCGGGGCACGAGCAGGAGCUUGCCACGUGUAGGGUGUGAGGAGAGGGGUUCUCUGAACUGCGGGAUGAUAACGGGAUGGGGACGGGAGCGGCAGCGCUGACUUUCCCUCGCUGCCCUGUCCUACUGUGCCAAAGUGUCCCUGACACACUCACUCGCUGGGGCAGAGCUGGGAACGAGGGAAGCGUGUCCCAGACUUGCAGAGGGUUGGGGUUUGGGUUUGUUCUGUUUUAUUUUUAAUUAACUUAAUGCAAAUGUCCUCAUCUGGCUGGCGCAGCCCAUCCUUGCCCUGCUGCUCCUGCUGGGCCGGGGUGCACGCAGAGCCCUCACUGCUGGCAGGAGCAGCCCUGGGAGCGGCCGCUCUGGGGACAGGGUGUGAGUGCACUUUGUCACCUGCCUCCUUAUUUAUUUUUGCUGUCUGUGGCUCAGUCCCGUCGGGAGGGCUUGGACUCCCCGCUCCAAUCCCUGCUCCCCAGUCCUGGCCCUUCUGCCGCGGGGUCUGUGGGUGCCCGUGGAGCCGGGGUGGCUCUGGGAGGAGCAGCCACUCGUCCCCAGCUGGAGACAGACACACAGGCGCUGUCUGUCCAUCCCACAGGCACCUGGGGAAGGCUGCAGCUCUUCACCCCACACUGGAGGCUGGACCUGGCCACCUCUCCUUGUCCUUGUGGGGACACGCAGCACUUUGGGAUCUGCAGGAGAGGCCCGAGCUCCCCACAUCGCUUCCCAGAGUCCCUGGCCUGGGGACAGUGGCUGUGCCAUUCCCACCCGGAGCAGGGCUCUGCUGGUGAUAGCUGCAGUCCUGGAGGGGAGCCCGCUCCGGCCGCCUUUCCCUGCUGUUUCCCUGGGCUGGGGCAGGGGACGGAACAGCCGCGCUCAUUCCUCAUCCCUGGCAUCAGCCUGGGCUGGAAUCUCAGUGCCACUGGGGAGAGGAGACAGAGAACACCACAGCAGCUCCCUGGGAAACAAAAGCCAUGUUUACAUCAGACGGCUCUGGGCUUGCUGGCACAAGCGGCCGUGGCGCGGCGUGACCCUGGAGCAGCCACUGAACCACCCUGCUCCUCUCCAGCUCCUGGGAGGAGGCAGCCAGCGGAAUCCCAGGGAUCCGGCUUCAUCCAGCGGUUCUUUUUCCUGCCUGUCAGGUUUUAGGAAUGCCAGAGUGGCCUGGAAGCAGAAGCCACAGCGAUCCCGGGGGCGGGGGGGUUCCUGCUCCUCACCAAACCCCUUUCAGCAUCUCCUGGCUGGCAGAGCCCUCUCGGGGUGACCCUGCCCGGGGGACGUGGCCGCUGCCACAGCCUUAUCCCGGAGGAACCGGCGAGCCACGACCAUGGCACCUCAGGGUGCUCAGCCCCCACGGCCUCGUGAGAGGUGCAGUGGGGCCGGGGUGAGCCCCAAAACCCCGGGGCAGCUCCUGCACCCCCAGAACUCCCGGGCACCCACUCCCUCCCUCCCUGCCCCGAGUCCACGGGAAGAAGCCACGUAAUGUACAUUUCCAGAGAAGCUUUGGGUGUAAAUCAGUGUAUACUUGGAGAGGGAAAAUUUUUCUAUCUUGUAGAGUAGGUAUUUUUAUAGAAUGAAGGUUGAUCCAUUUUUUUAAUACUUUAAAAGAGGAGAGAAAUGUAUCUGUGUAUACACAAAAGCAUAUAUAUAUAUAUAUAUGUAUAAAUAUAUAAAUAUCGGAGAUCUGCCUUUCUUGACUUGGGAUCCUGGAUCCCCAGGUCUCAAACAAUUGUGAUUUUUUUCCUGUCGCUCUCACAGAGGUACUGUAACUGUAAAUAAGCACCAGGAAAAAGUUUUAAGCAAACAAUAAGCACUGACUUGCACAUUCACCAUGCUUUAAAAGCCCUAUGGAGAGAAAAAAAAACAAAACAACAAAACAAAAACUGUACAUCCCAAAAAUGUUCCUCUUUCCCCAUCGGUAUGUGAAGGAAAUCCCCCCAAAAAAGAGGCAAAAACAGUAUUGUCUUAAAUGAUGUAUCAAUUCUUGUCGGAUUAAAAGCUGUUACUAUUCCUGC